AUUUAUUUGUGUUUGAUUUUCAUUUCUUUAAUCCUGGGGGACUCUGAGAGCCACGAACUCUCUUUGUGGCGUCCCGGUCCGCUAUUCUUUUCUUUUUUGCGCGGGGGAGCAGUAUAUGGUUCAAUGCGCCGGUGGUGCGCAUGGAGAUAACCUACGCAUCUCCAAGCUCCACUGACCUCGCCGCCGCCGCCAUGCCGACAUCCACGACGAGACCGGUCAAGAUUAUUCCCUUGCAGCACCCCUCUAUGACGUCGUCUUCGUCGUCGUCAACCUCUCGCCCUGCCGCUCUUUUCUCCCGAUGGACCUCCAAGGUCCAGAGCAUGUCCUGGAUCGAUUGGCUCGAGCUUUUGUUGCCUUGCUCCCGCUGGAUUCGAACCUACAAAUGGCGCGAGUAUCUCCAGAUCGAUGUCAUGGCUGGAACCACCAUCGGUGUCAUGCUUGUUCCUCAGGCAAUGUCUUAUGCAAAAUUAGCUGGGCUCCAACCAAUUUAUGGACUUUACUCUGGUUUUGUGCCUUUAUUUGUCUAUGCCAUAUUUGGGUCAUCACGUCAGCUUGCUGUCGGUCCAGUAGCGUUGGUUUCUCUCUUGGUCUCGAACGUCUUAAGUGGAAUUGUUGAUCCCUCUGAUGAUUUAUACACAGAAAUGGCAAUUUUAUUGGCACUCAUGGUUGGGAUAUUGGAAUGCGUUAUGGGGCUUUUGAGGCUUGGAUGGCUUAUUCGUUUUAUCAGUCACUCUGUGAUUUCUGGCUUCACAACUGCUUCAGCCAUUGUCAUUGCCUUAUCUCAAGCAAAAUACUUUUUAGGAUAUGAUAUAACACGAAGCAGCAAGAUCAUACCACUGGUUAAGAGCGUCAUAGAGGGAGCACAUGGGUUUUUGUGGCCCCCUUUUGUAAUGGGAUCAAUCAUUCUUGCAAUACUUCUCGUCAUGAAACAUUUGGGAAAAUCAAGGAAGUAUCUACGAUUCCUGAGAGCAGCUGGUCCGCUCACAGGGGUUGUUGUGGGCACAACUUUUGUGAAAAUAUUUCAUCCAUCUUCUAUAUCAUUGGUAGGAGAUAUACCGCAAGGGCUUCCAAAAUUUUCUAUUCCUAAAGGUUUCGGAUACAUCACGUCCUUGAUACCAACUGCUCUGCUCAUUACAGGUGUUGCCAUAUUGGAAUCUGUCGGUAUUGCAAAAGCAUUAGCAGCAAAGAACGGAUACGAGUUAGACUCAAAUCAAGAGUUGUUCGGUCUCGGUGUUGCAAAUGUUUUUGGUUCAUUUUUCUCAGCAUACCCUUCAACAGGUUCCUUUUCUAGAUCAGCCGUCAGUCAUGAAAGUGGAGCAAAAACAGGAUUAUCAGGAAUUGUUACAGGAAUCAUAAUGGGCUGUGCACUUUUGUUUUUGACUCCGUUGUUUAAGUACAUACCCCAGUGUGCCCUUGCCGCCAUCGUGAUCUCUGCUGUUAUGGGCUUGGUGGAUUACGAGGAGGCCAUCUUUUUAUGGCGUGUAGAUAAAAAGGAUUUUCUUCUUUGGACCAUCACUGCCACUACAACCUUAUUUCUUGGCAUUGAGUUCGGUGUCCUUAUUGGGGUUGGCGCUUCACUCGCUUUUGUCAUCCACGAGUCAGCAAACCCACACAUUGCUGUGUUGGGGCGCCUUCCGGGAACUACUGUUUAUAGAAAUGUUAGACAAUAUCCUGAAGCGUAUACUUAUAAUGGAAUUGUAAUUGUACGGGUUGAUGCACCUAUUUACUUCGCAAACAUAAGUUACAUAAAAGACAGGUUACGUGAGUACGAAGCUGAUGUUGAUAGAUGUAGUAGACGUGGACCAGAAGUUGAAAGAAUUUAUUUUGUGAUUUUAGAGAUGUCGCCUGUUACAUAUAUAGACUCCAGUGCCGUUCAAGCUUUAAAAGACCUGCAUCAAGAAUACAAGAUGCGGGACAUCCAGAUUGCCAUUUCCAAUCCAAACCGAGAAGUUCUACUGACCCUAUCAAGAGCAGGUGUUGUAGAGAUGAUUGGUAAGGAGUGGUAUUUCGUGAGAGUUCACGACGCUGUCCAAGUUUGCCUGCAGUACGUUCAAGGGUUAAAAGAGACGCGGAGAACAGCUGACCCUGUCAUAGGGGAGAAACCAAGUUUCAUUCAGAGGUUGCUGAAACAAAGAGCAGAGGACUCAUCGAUUGUCCAGUUAGAGUCUGGCUACCUAAGAUCACCAGCUUCAGAAGACAAUGAUCCUCAACUGGAGCCACUCUUGUCUCGAAAGGCUUGAAAUGUGCUCGAUUUUUCACAACCACAAUGCUGCCUGUAUUUUUUGCAAGGCAGUGCUUACAAACUUAUAGUUGACUUAUUCUGUCUCAAUUUUUUUAGCGGGUUCAGGUUUGAUUAUUGUAGUAUAUAAUUAGACUUCUUUUUGUAAAAUGUUAUGCAGUAAAUUAUAUGUAAUACGACCACGAAAAUGCAUUGGUUCAAUCAUAAGCCAUUAAAUAUGUUUGAAAAACAGGUUUAAAUAACCAGACAAGUUGAAUUGGUUGUUUGCCUCAAAAUUAAAGAGGGGCUUGGAGUUUUA